AGAGGAGGAGAAAAGAGAAUUAGGGUUUAAGGGCGGGGAAAGAAGAAGAAGAAGAAGAAGAUGAAGCAGGUGGUGGGAGUGGUGGUGUCGAACAAAAUGCAGAAGUCGGUGGUGGUGGCCGUCGACAGGCUCUUCCAUCACUCGCUCUUCAAUCGUUAUGUCAAGCGCACUUCCAAGUUUAUGGCUCACGACGAGCACAAUCUCUGCAACAUCGGCGAUCGAGUGAGAUUGGACCCUUUUCGGCCUCUGAGCAAGCGCAAGCAUUGGGUCGUCGCUGAGAUUCUCAAGAAAGCUCGCAUCUACGUCCCCAAUAACAACUCUUCUUCUUCUUCAGCCUCCGUCGAUGCCCGGCCUCCUCCGCCUUCUUCUUCCUCCUGAUUCCUCAAUCGCACCAUCCCCCAAUCUUAUGAAACUUUGUGCUGAAAUACACUGCCGAAGAAGACAUUGCAUCUUUUACUCAUCAUAUUCAUAGGAGGAAGCAGAUCCCAGGAAUUCUUUGCAACACAACAUGUUCAUUUAAGGUCUGAUGAUCUGCUGCUGUAUUGUAAUUGUUGCGUUGUUCGAACAAGUUCAUUGUUUUCAGCAUUUCCUUUAUUUGUAUGGUCUAAAAGGAUUUUUUUAAAAUACUUGAUCUUUAUAAAGAGAAGGAGAGAAAUUCCACA